GCCCCGCGGCCCGGCCAGGGGCUGCCGCCGCUGCCGGUCAUCGCCCUGCCUGGGGUGGACGAUUCCUACCCGCCGCAGAAGAAAUCCUUCAUGAUGAUCAAGUACAUGCACGACCACUACCUGGACAAGUACGAGUGGUUCAUGCGGGCGGACGAUGAUGUCUACAUCAAAGGGGAAAAAUUGGAGGAGUUUCUUAGGUCACUGAACAGCAGUAAACCUCUCUAUUUGGGGCAAACCGGUUUGGGAAAUAUUGAAGAACUUGGAAAACUGGGGCUUGAGCCUGGAGAGAAUUUCUGCAUGGGAGGGCCAGGAAUGAUCUUCAGUCGAGAAGUUCUCAGAAGAAUGGUGCCACACAUAGGGGAGUGUCUUCGAGAAAUGUACACCACACAUGAGGAUGUGGAAGUGGGAAGAUGCGUCCGACGGUUUGGUGGAACCCAAUGUGUUUGGUCUUAUGAGAUGCAGCAAUUGUUCCAUGAAAAUUACGAACAUAAUCGGAAGGGUUACAUACAAGAUCUUCACAACAGCAAAAUACACACAGCCAUCACACUUCAUCCAAAUAAAAGGCCAGCCUACCAAUACAGACUCCACAAUUACAUACUGAGUCGCAAAAUUUCAGAACUACGCUAUCGUACCAUCCAGCUCCACAGAGAGAGUGCCCUCAUGAGCAAGCUCAGUAACAGUGAAAUAAAUAAGGAAGAUCAGCAGCUAGGAAUGAUGCCAUCUUUCAAUCGCUUCCAGCCCCAUGAAAGGAAUGAAGUCAUUGAAUGGGAAUUCCUAACAGGGAAGUUACUGUACUCUGUGACUGAGAAUCAGCCACCCAGACAAAGCAUAAAUAGUGUUUUGCGAGCAGCAUUGGAUGACACAGUGAUGCAAGUAAUGGAAAUGAUAAACGAGAACUCUAAAUCAAGGGGAAGGCAGAUUGAUUUCAAGGAAAUACAAUAUGGCUACCGUAGGGUUGAUCCUAUGCAUGGAGUGGAGUAUAUCCUGGAUUUGCUGCUUCUGUACAAAAGACACAAAGGAAGAAAACUGACAGUUCCAGUGAGACGUCAUGCCUACCUUCAGCAAUUGUUUAGCAAGCCUUUUUUCAAAGAGGCUGAGGAACUGGAUGUGCGAAACCUUGUGGAGAAUAUCAACAGUGAUACUCAGUCUUUCUCUUUUCUUUCAAAUUCUUUAAAGAUUUUUUCAUCCUUCCAAGGCACCAAAGAAAUAGGAGGUCACAGUGACAAGAAAAUACAUAUUCUUGUCCCUCUCACAGGAAGAUACGACAUUUUCUUGCGAUUUAUGGAGAAUUUUGAAAAGACUUGUGUCAUUCCCAGACAAAAUGUAAAGCUAGCAGUAAUUCUGUUCAGCUCUGAUUCUGGGCAAGAUUCCAGCAAACACAGAGAGCUAAUUAAAGAAUAUCAUAAUAAGUAUCCGAAGGCAGAUAUGACACUCAUUCCUAUGACAGGAGAGUUUUCCAGAGGAUUAGGUCUUGAAAUAGCCUCAUCUCAAUUUGACAAUGACACUUUGCUGCUAUUCUGUGAUGUUGACCUGAUAUUCACUCCAGACUUUCUCCAGCGCUGUAGAGAUAAUACUAUUCAAGGACAACAAGUUUAUUAUCCCAUCAUCUUUAGCCAAUAUGAUCCAAAAGUGAUAUAUGGAGGCAACCCUCCAGCUGACAGUAACUUUGUUUUCACAAAGAAAACUGGAUUUUGGCGAGACUAUGGAUUUGGAAUCACUUGUAUUUACAAAAGUGAUCUACUGAGUGCUGGUGGAUUUGAUACCUCAAUUCAAGGCUGGGGACUUGAGGAUGUAGACCUCUUCACUAAAGUAAUAACUUCUGGGCUGAAGGCUUUUAGAAGUCAAGAAGUAGGAGUUGUACAUGUUUUUCAUCCUGUUCAGUGCGACCCCAAUUUAGACCCUAAACAAUAUAAAAUGUGCUUGGGGUCCAGAGCAAGUACAUUUGCAUCUACCAUGCAGCUGGCUGAACUCUGGCUAGAAAAGCACUUAGGUGUCAGAUAUAAUCAAACUCUCUCCUGACAUGCCAGCUCAUUCUGCCUUUUUGGGAGGAGUUUACCUCGUUGCUGUUUUGAUUUUAUUGUCAUAUUUUUAAACUCCUCUUUGUCUUCCAAAGGGUGUAUGUUGACCUCAAACUAGAUGAGACUGCUGUACACUAAUAUUUCCAAUUCCUUCUGAACUGAUUAGAUGAGUUACUUUCCUAUUCGCUUUAGUCAAAAUUGACGGAACUCAUGGCAAUCAAAUGAUCCCAUGGAGCACAUUCAUCAGGAAAGACUGUAUCAAAGGAAUGUUCUCUCUGGGCUUUAAGAUGCAAUAUCAAUCUGUGUUGUGUUUGUCAAACUUAAUGUGAUACAAAUAUUUACUGGUGAAGGUACCACAAAAGUGCUUUAUGCUUCCUCUGGGGAAGGAACUCUGUAACAUAAACUUGAGUUUUAUAAUUUAUAUGAGGACUUAUAUAUAUAUAAACACUACUUUUCUUCAUCUUUAGAAUUUUUAAAGUAAAUGAAUAACUAUGAUUGUAUCUUUAUUUUUUAAAAAAAGAAAAAUUGAGGUAUCUUUCCAAAUGCAACUGGUACUGGCUACCAAGGUCCUUAAAAGUCUUAUUGUAAUAAUGAGCUCCUUAUUAUUGUCUGUUCUGUGUGAAUGAACUUUAUUUUCUCAAGGGAUUUAAUCAACUACUCAUGUACAUUUUAGAAGCUUUGUGAAAAAAAUGUCCUUCAUUUGCUGGCAAGAAGAAACUAUGACAGAACAUGAUUAUUUAUAAUAAAGUAUAGACGUACAGUAUUCUUUUUCAAAACAGAGACUAAGUUACUGUGUCUCUUUAAAAUGGGUCUCUACAAUAGAAAGGAUUUUCUUUCAUAUUCCUUUCGGAAAGCUGCACCUGAUAUAAAAGGUGAUAAGUGUAGUUAAAAUUGCCUUUUUUACGUUUGUGCAUUAAUAUUUGCAUUCAGAAACUAGCCAUUGUAAAAUUUCAAAAAUUGUAAAAAAAAAAAAAAAAGUAUGGAAAUUUACUUCUGCUGGUCAAAGUUCCUUGCCAAUAUAUUUAUACUAAACAAAUGUUACAGGACUGUAUUAAAAUGUAUCUUUCCAGAAAGCCUAAAAUCAGGCUUUUAAAUGGGGGAAAGGGACAAAAGGGGUCAGUUACCCUGGAGCCUGGCUAUUUAAAAAAAAGCUCCCAGCUACCACUGCAGUUACAGCAGCAAUGGCAAAGACUGGAGACUCAGAUUCUUUAAAUCACUGCUGGAGCUCCGGUUGGUGCUGAAGGGCUGCCUGGGGGAACCUAGCCUCAGCCCGAUCCCUUCUGCACAAAGUCCCACCUCUUCCAGGAACCUGGAGACACCUCCCUCUCGCCUUGCCGGGGACCCAGCUAAGUCUAUCAGCUGCCCUGCCUGAAAUUGUCAUAUUAUGGAUCUGUAUGGUAAUUAAAAUGAAACCAGCAUAAGAAAAAAUAAAUAGAAAGUAAAUUUUUAUACUUAAGUUUUUGUAUAGGGAAACUGUGUGACCAUUUUAAAUAUUGUUCAUAUUUUCUUUUCAGGUGGUGAUUUCUUCCACAACAUUUCUUUUUAAUCUUUCUUUUUACACUUUUAGAAUAUUUUACUUGGAGUCUUUGCUAAGAACUCACAAAGCAUACACAAGAAACCAUCAGAUUUUAGCCAAACUUGAGUUCAUAUUUUGGAUAUAUGUAAUAACUAACGUAGUUGACUUCAAAUGAUAUUGGAAGGAGAGCUGGGCAAAUGAUGAAAAUAAAAAUUCCUCAAGUGUUGUUCAUAUGUUUACACAAAUGUGUUUUGACCAUGUUCAGCUUUUUUUGUUUUCUCUUUCUGAGUGACUGACAGGCAGGGAAUUUUUCUAGAGACAAAGACCUGUUGACCACCCAAGACUCCAUCCAAGACUCCUGCAAUGGUGACCAAUUAAUUACUGAUCCCAUAGAUCCCUCCUGGCUGGCAGAAGACUCAGUAAAAUUAAAAUCUAGAAAUUAAUCUUUGUGAGAAGUACUCUGAUGUCUCUUGUGUUUCAAUUUAAUGUAUUAGCCUGGUAUAUAUUAGGAAGCAUAAUCUGUGAAACAUCCCGAAAUUCAUAGUACAGUAGUAGUAUAUUUGAAUUAAACACAAAUAACAGCAAUAGGCAAAGGGCAACACACAAAGUAGCUCAAGCACUGGGACAGGUGAGCUCAUUAACAAAAAUCACAGCAUAAAGGGUGUGUCUAGACUACAGGGGUUUUUUUUUUUUAAAGUGGCCUUUUUUCGAUAAA